AUGCUCCUUCAAGUCGCUACUAGAAUACAGUCUAUCAGAGCCUUUUCCAGAUCCACCCUUCUUCGGCAGCUGGGUCGCACAAGCACAAGACGGACCCAUACAUCGACUGCAGUGCCUGGUAGAAGUCGACCACAUUCGUCCUCUUGGAUGACAACGGCCGGUCUUAUCAUGGCCUUGAGUAGCACUGCUGCGGCUUCGCAAACAUUGUGUCAAGGAGAUGGUGAUAACAGCAUCUUGACGGUCCCUCCCUUUGAUGAAUCUGUUCUCAUUUAUGACCAUUACAAUGGCGUGACCCUGAAUUUGGAAAAGCUGUUAUCGGAAACAACGAAUGAGGAAGAAGAAUCCGCGCUCUUUGCCAAAAACUUGGAGGGCGCCAUGAAAUUUUGGAAAGCGGAACAGCGGAAGGGUAUUUGGGUUCAUAUUCCCACCUCCAAAGCUCACUUGGUCCCCCAUUGCGUCAAGGAAGGAUUUAACUUUCACUUUGUCAAGGACAAGGUACUGAUUCUGAGUCAGUGGCUCCCGCAAGACAGGCCCUCCAGAUUACCGUUGGGCCCGACUCAUCAAGUUGGAAUUGGAGCCGUGGUUUUUCACCCGAAAGAUCCUUCUAAAAUGCUGGUAGUACAAGAAAAGACUGGUCCAGCUGCAAAAUGGGGACUGUGGAAAAUGCCGACAGGUCUAUUGGAUCCUACUGAAGAUAUUCCGGAGGCUGCCUCUCGCGAACUGAUGGAAGAAACGGGUUUGGAUGCCGUCAUGGAUGGUAUCUUGUGCUUUCGACAAGCGCAUCGACCGUCCAGCGCUUCGGAUUUGUUCUUUGUAUGUCACUUGACCCUCAAAGAUCCAGAAGCAAAAUGGAAAGCAUGCGAAGAUGAAAUUGCGGACAUUCAAUGGAUGUCCGUCGAGGAUUAUUGUGGACAGGAACGGUGGAAGGGGUCCCCGACGUAUGAAACAUUGAACGAUACCAUUCGCAAGGCAUCCAAAAAGGCACAAGAUUCCGAAGAUAACAAUAUCGAAGGAAUGAUUGACUCUGAGAUUUUGGGCGUUGGAUUGGGAUUUCCUGGAACCAAUGCAGUCUUUAAGAGUCAUCUAUAA